AAUAAACAAAAUUUUUUCGGCAGUAUUAAACAAAAGUUUUGUAAAUUUUUAAAAACUACAGAAAUUUACAAUAAUUAUAACUAAAAAAUGGAAAUUGCUAAUACUUACUACAGUAAAGAUGAAUAUGUUGAGACGGCUUCCGGUAAUAAGGUGAGUCGGCAAACAGUUCUAUGCGGCUCACAAAACAUAGUACUAAACGGUAAAGUUAUAGUGCAAAGUGGUUCCAUUAUCCGAGGAGAUUUGGCCAAUGUACGAACGGGUCGUUAUUGUGUUAUAAGUAAAAAUGCAGUGAUACGUCCACCUUAUAAGCAAUUUAGCAAAGGUAUUGCCUUCUUUCCCAUGCAUAUUGGUGAUCAUGUGUACAUAGGAGAAGGUGCAGUAGUGUCCGCAGCAGUUAUUGGUUCAUUUGUGUAUAUAGGAAAGAAUGCAAUAAUUGGUAGACGUUGUGUUUUAAAAGACUGUUGUAUUAUUGAAGAUGGUGCUGUACUUCCCCCGGAAACAACAGUGGCUAGUUAUAUGCGUUACACUGCUAAAGGCACCAUUGAAGGCGGCCAGGGAAAUCCCAAUUUUGUGCCAGCUGCCAUGCAAGAUCAAAUGUCCGAUUUUACAAAAUCAUUUUAUGAACAUUUUAUACGUUUGCCUCAAGCAUGUUAAAUUUACAAAACAAUAUUGUAUUGUAUUGCUAAAAGCUAAAUUCCCUUUUGUCUAAUUUAUUACAUAUUUUUUCAAAAUAAACUUAUUUUCUAAGAUCUAA